UACAUGCCCUUGACCGGAAUCGAACCUGGGACCCUUGAGUCCACAGGCCGAGGCUCUACCACUGAGUCAAACCGGUCAGGGCAUGGUAAGUGUUCUUAAAAGCUCUCUUUAUCAACACACACAUACGCCUUGUUGUGCCUGGUAGGCCUAGCCCAGUCCAGUUAGGGAUGGAUCUGGUAUGUAAUGGUGAGUCCCAACCCCCUUGGAUUACAGGUAUGGGGACAGGGAUCCUUGGUUAGACAUAUAUAGACAACCUGCAUCUAAUCUUGGCUUCCCCUCUGUACCUUUCACCUAGCCCAGCCUCUCCUAACCUUUGCACCAACCACUGAUUCCUGUUCAGACCAAUUUCCAACCUUCUAGUAAGAGAUCAGGAUAUGGACUUUGAGGACGUGGCCAUUGCCUUCUCUGAGCAGGAGUGGGGGCUCCUUGAUGAGGCUCAGAGACUGCUGUACUGCGAUGUGAUGCUGGAAGUGUUUGCACUGGUCUCCUCUGUAGGUUGUCGGCAUAAAACAGAUGAGGAGGCCUGUUGUGAGCAGAGCGUAUCUGAACAAGGAGAGUCACAGGUCAGGGCCCCUAAGACAGAGCCAGCAACCCAGAGGACCCAUCUGUGUAAGCGGUGCUUCUCUGUGUUAAAAGAUAUUCUGCACCUGACUGAGUCACAGGCAGCAUACCUUGAGCCGAAAGCCUUCUUCAGUGACGCAUGUGUGAGAGACUUCUGUUUCAGUGCAAACCCGCACCUGCAACAGAGGGAAGCCAGUGGAGAGAAGCCCUGGAAAGAAGCUGUUUACAGGGCCUUGUCUGUUACCAGGUGCAGCUUCUACUCAUCUUGGGUGCCUUCAUCCAGUAGGGAGGUUGGGGAAGAUUUCCCAGCCAUCUCAGAGCUUCUCCAGCACCAGGCCCGUCUUGACACUGAGGAGCCACACAGUGGCAUUGAGAUUUCACAAGAGUUUCUCAAUAGAAAAAGGCAUCACCAAUGGAGUGAAGGUGAAAAAUCUGCCAGCCACAAACGGAAAUUUGUACAACAUCAGGCGGUCUGCUCUGGAGAAAAUAGUCAUGAGUGUAACAAAUGUGGGAAAGUUUUUAGCCGUAUCUUUAACCUCAAUCGACAUAGAAGCGUUCACGCUGGAGAAAACCCGUAUGAGGAUAGUGAUUGUGGGAAGGCCUUCAGUCAGAGCUCUGACCUCAGCCAACACAAGAGGAUUCACACUGGGGAGAAGCCUUUCGUGUGCAGUGAUUGUGGGAAGGCCUUCAGAGAAAAGUUAACCUUUGUUAAACACUACAGACUUCACACUGGAGAAAAGCCGUAUGCGUGUACUGAUUGUGGAAAGUCAUUCCGGCAAUCCUCAGCUCUCACGUAUCAUCAGAGAGGUCACAGAAGAGAAAAUUCUUAUGAGUGUAGUGACUGUGGGAAGGUCUUCCAUCAAAGGUCCUGCUUUACUAUACACCUGAGACUUCACACUGGACAAAAGCCCUAUGAGUGUACUGAUUGUGGAAAGUCCUUCCACCAAAGCUGUCACCUCACCCAACACCAGAGAGUUCACACUGGUGAAAAACCUUUUCAUUGUACUGAUUGUGGGAAGUCCUUUAGGCAAAAGUUUACCCUCAUUCAACACCACCGAGUUCAUACCGGAGAAAAGCCGUAUGAGUGUAGUGACUGUGGAAAGUCCUUCAGGCAUGGCAAUUCACUUACUCUACAUAGGAGACAUCACACUGGUGAGAAACCUUAUGAGUGUAGUGAAUGUGGAAAAUCUUUUAAGAGCGGUAGUCACCUCCUUUACCACAAGAGAACCCACACGGGAGAAAAGCCUUAUGAGUGUAGUGAUUGUGGGAAGGCCUUCAGCCAAAAAUCCAAGCUCAUGGACCACCACAGAAGUCACACUGGAGAAAAGCCUCAUGAGUGCAGUGAAUGUGGGAAAUGUUUUCGCUACAAACCUAGCCUCCUCAGACAUCUGAGAGGUCACACUGGAGAAAAGCCUUAAAUGUGCAGAGAAUGUUUUAUCUUUCAUCUUUUUCACUCUACAACACUAAGGAGACUCAGACCCAUUUACCUGAAUAUAAACGCCUUUUAUCUGAACAUACACUCUGCUAGAUUCCUCAUUUACCAGAGGUACAAGUGAGGCCUGAAGGAGCUGCAUUGCACUUGCCAAUGUGCCAAGGACUCUUACCUCAUUGAUGUCACUGCGAGUAUUUGUGGCUGAAGAGACCUCCUCUACCACCUGCCUCACCUGAACAGUGUGCACCAGUCACCACCCCUGUGCUCAGGGAAGAGGAAUUCUGUGUUCUCCCUUGUGUAUGAGGAAGUUAUGAAUACUCUGAGCUCUUGGCAGGAACUUCAUUCCUUACUCUCUAGAGAAUUGACCUGACCCAGGGCUCGUCCACAGCCCCCUUCCUCAGCUCAAGAAAUGCUACCUCUUUCGGAGACAUUGUGCUCCUCACCUCAUGCUGUGAUGGAUUGUUUCCGGUUCCAGUUCACCAGCCUGCACUCUGCUUGCUGUGCACUGCUCUGGUUUAUGUUUUUGUAACGGCGUUUUUGCUUUUGUACCUUUAAUUUUGUUGGUUCUAUUCACUGCCUGGGAUGAUUUGCAAGCACAGUGGUGAUUUGUCAGCAUGUAGAAUUAACAGAUACGGUGGGGAUCCCAAACUGUCUGUGAAGGGACAGCAGAAUGGCAGAAAACCACUGUUUGUCUAAUAUUGACUUAUUUUGUGUUACUGCCCAAGGCCUUGAAAUAAAGACCACGUGACUUUGUGUUUCAUUUA